GGAGGCGGGACUUGUCAGGAUACUGUUUUGAAAUUGUAUCAUUAAAGAAGAAAUUACAGAGCUGAAAAAAAUAUUAUCUGUACAAUUACUAUCAGCUAUAUUUUCAUCCAGAAAUGUAGAAGAGAGUUUGCUUUAUUGGCAUUUAGCAAUUAAUUUCGGUGAGAUCUAUAUAACGGAUUCUGCGCAGAGUCAAGGCGACGUGAACACUCCCAAAACUUAUAGCAUUACGUAGCCAGAGAGAGAAAGAGAGAGAGAGAGAGAGGGAGAGAGAGAGAGAGAGAGAGAGAAAACAGGUGGCUUGUAUAAAUCAGGUGAUCCGUUUGACUUUGUUCCCUUAUUAAUGCUGUAGUAUAUUUGCUCAUUUGGAUAGAUACAGGACUGAUCAGGCUCCAGCUUGCAGCCUUCGUGGACCCAGAAACCCUGAAGUGUAAACGUCCUGCAUGUGAUUGGAUCUGAAGAGCAUCUUCAUCUACAGAUAUGCCUGCACACUUUGCUGGCAUGAUUUCCAGGUCAUGUGUGAUGAGAGAUUGUUCAGUCCCUGCAUGAUGUCCUUUCCCGAGCACAGCGGGUUCAAACAUGGCGGAGUUGGAUGGUGGGGAACUCUCUGCGAGUCGUUCACAGAGCAGCAUGGCUAACAAUAAGAACAGCACCCUUCGCUGCACAUUCUCGGCUCCUAGUCACAGUAGCUCACUUCUGAGGGGUCUUUCUGCUCUGCGAGACCAAGGCCAGUUACUGGAUGUCGAACUCUCUGUCAACAAUGAAUGCUUCAAGGUGCACAAAGCCGUGCUGGCAUCCUGCAGUGACUACUUUAGAGCCAUGUUCACUGGUGGGAUGAAAGAGUCAAACCAGGCCACGAUUGAGCUUAAGGGCUUGUCAGCACGUGGCCUAAAGCACAUCAUCGAUUUCGCCUAUAGCUCUGAGGUCACGCUCGACCUCGACUGCAUCCAAGAUGUGCUUGGGGCAGCUGUCUUCCUUCAGAUGGUGCCAGUUGUGGAGCUCUGUGAAGAGUUCCUGAAAUCAGCCAUGAGCGUCGAGACUUGUUUGAAUAUCGGUCAGAUGGCUGCCGCCUUCAGCUUGUCCUCUCUGAAGGAAUCAGUGGACGCAUUCACAUUCCGCCACUUCCUGCAGAUUGCUGACGAGGAGGAUUUCCUGCAUAUCCCCAUGGAGCGGCUAGUGUUUUUCCUCCAAAGCAACAAGCUCAAGGGAUGUAGUGAGAUUGAUUUGUUCCACGCGGCCAUCCGGUGGCUUCGACACGAUGACUCACGCCGUCCCGCAGCGAACGAGGUGCUGCGGCACGUGCGCUUCCCGCUCAUGCGCUCCUCCGAGCUGGUGGACCGCGUGCAGACUGUGGACAUCAUGGUGGAGGAUGUAUUGUGCAGGCAGUACCUACUUGAGGCCUUUAAUUAUCAGAUACUUCCUUUCCGCCAGCACGAGAUGCAGUCCCCUCGCACCAUCAUUCGGUCAGACAUUGUCUCGCUUAUUGCUUUCGGUGGCACACCCUACACUGACAACGACCGUACAGUGAGCGCAAAGGUGUACUGCCUGGCUGAUAGCACAGCAAGGCAGUUCAAGGAGCUGACUGACAUGGAGACAGGCUGCAGCCACGCCUGUGUUUCCGUUCUUGAUAAUUUCGUUUACGUGGUGGGCGGCCAGCACCUGCAGUACCGCAGCGGUGAAGGUGCUGUGGACAUCUGUUUCCGAUACGACCCCCAUCUCAACCAGUGGUUGCGCAUCAGGCCGAUGCAGGAGAGCCGCAUUCAGUUCCAGCUCAAUGUCCUGCAAGGACAGCUGUAUGCCACCGGGGGGCGCAACAGAUCAGGCAGCCUUUCAUCCGUUGAAUGUUACUGCCCCAAGAAAAAUGAAUGGACGUAUGUGGAUUCACUAAAGAGAAGGAUAUGGGGUCACGCAGGGGCAACAUGUGGAGAUAAACUUUAUAUCUCGGGGGGAUAUGGGGUUUCCGUGGAGGAUAAGAAGUCUCUUCAUUGCUAUGAUCCAGCCACAGACCAGUGGGACUUCAAAUGCCCAAUGAAUGAGCCACGAGUGCUGCACGCCAUGAUCAGUGUAAACGAGCGUGUCUAUGCUCUUGGAGGAAGAAUGGACCACGUGGACCGGUGCUUUGAUGUUCUUGCAGUGGAAUAUUACAUUCCGGAGACAGAUCAGUGGACGACGGUUAGUCCUAUGCGUGCAGGCCAGUCCGAGGCAGGCUGUUGCUUAUUAGACAGAAAGAUUUACGUUGUCGGAGGAUACAACUGGCAUUUGAAUAACGUCACAAGCAUCGUCCAAGUCUACAACACAGAGAUGGAUGAGUGGGAGAGGGAUUUACACUUUCCAGAAUCCUUCGCCGGAAUUGCUUGUACACCUAUAAUACUGCCGCAAACUGCCACGCAGAGGUGAUUCGCUUAGCUGGAAAAUGUGAGGUGACAUUACGAGAGGUUUUUUUGUUUGUUUUUACAUUUAACCCCGUGAUCAUUCAAAUAGUUGCAUUUUGGUUGGUUAUGUUUAUCAGUUCAGUGAUAUAAACCUGAUAAGCGAGAGCUGACCUCACCAUUAUAGUUUUAUUUCUGCUGAUUUCUGCUAAGUGUUGAUUACUUAGCAUGUGCACGAUUCAUCAGCUCUUAUUUUGAAAGCCUAAAGCCUACAUGUAUUAGCGCUCUAAUAUGUACAUUCUCAUCAGUCUCAGAUAGAACGGACAAAACCGGCAGUAUACUUCACUAAAAAAAGAAGAAGAAAAACAAAAAGAAGAACCCUUGCAGAACACGCAGUCAUUACUAAAUUAAUGUUUUACUAGCACAUUCUGAAAAACUAGGACUACAGAAUGGUUUUGAGGGAAUUGAGAGCCAAAGCCGACUACAUGAUGCCACAAGAUAGCUAGAUCUGAAAUUUUGACCUGCUACUAUAUAAUGUUUUGUGCAGGAUGCCUUUAGUGCACAAUACACAAUUCCAGUCCCAACUUUAGCUCUCUACAUUACUGUUGUGCAUCAGUGAAUUGGGCUUCUUAUAGCUAGUCUAUAUGUGUUUUUUUUUUUUUAAACCUAAAGAACUAUUUACAGUAAGUGUUAUAUAAACAUCAUCUCCUUAAAAUGUAUUGUUUCUUACUUUGAAAUAAUACACUUUUGCAGUAGCGUGGCAAUAUGGUAAGUUCACUGGUUCGAUCCGGAGCUCGGGUUACUGUCUGUGUGGCAUUUCACAUGUACGUACGGAUUUCUCCGGUUUCCUCUCGUCUCCUAAAAACCUGCUUGUAGGUGGACUGACUAUGCUAAUUUGCCGCUAGGAGUGAAUGAGCAUGUGAAUGUGUGUGCAUGGUGCCCUGUAAUGGACUGGCAUCCCAUCCAGGGUGUAUUCUUACCUCAUGCCUAGUGGCUCCAGAUACACUGCGACUCUGCCUUUACUGAAGAUGAACGAAUUAAUGAUUUUUGUGGUACUAAUAACACCGUUAGAUUUUAAGAGCAGUGUAUAUGGUUGGAAUGGGGUGUAUUUUUUUAUGUUUUGGGUUGCCUUUGCAACAUAGACCUGGCAACCCUGUCAAACAGAGCAUAAAUAAACAAAGAACAACAGUGGUAGUGGUGAAAGAUGCAUCAGAUGUAUUGUGAAAGACAAUGAAGAGACGUAAUUCAUGCUGCUGUUUCCACAAAUACAAACACAAAUGAAUUAGGAAUCGAACAACUUCCUCCGGUAUGCACUGAUGCAAGCAACUAUGUAAUAUUUGGACCAAUCACAAACAGGGAAGUGUCUGAAACAAAAAUCGCAGUGUUCAGUUCUGUUUUCCAGCUUGCGCACAUUCAAACGUUCUCACUCUGAAUAUUUCUUUUUGUUUUUUUGGUUUGAAGUAUAGCGCUGGAUUGAGGGCUUGCAAGACAUCAGAGAGUUGCUUUAUAAAGACAGCUGAAAGAAAAAAAAAACCUUAUUAAUGAAGUUACAUAGUGAAUGAUUUAUCCAGAUGCUCCUGGAGAAAGAGAAGUGUUUACUGUUCUCCAAGAAUUCAUACACUUUCUGCAAUGGCAUAAUUUUAAAAUAACUCAACUCAUUAGCGCUUCUGGCGAUGGUCUAUGUUUCAUGCUAAAUGUGCAUUUAAUUUACCUAAAUAAUUAAUGUAGGUAGUUUAUCUUUGAUCUCUAAAUGUAACUAAGCACAAUACGACUCCUAAUCGAUGACAUUUUAAUUCAUCCUUCAAGAACAUCCAGUUCCUAGGUGCGAUUACAUAAUUACCUAUUUCUCCCUCAGUCUUUUGUAAUCUCUUACAAAGUCAGUAAGCAGACCAGAUUCAUUUCGUAAUGCACUUUAUACCUGAUGGACUGAAUACAGCCCUGAAAAAUCCACAUGUUGACUGCAUUUAGUACUUUCACUGCGAUGUUACCUCUUAAUGAAGAAGCGUAAUGGAUUAACAGAAUGUCUCGUCGUAGUGCUAGCGCUGAGUACUGACCUACGACAACUAAAAACAAAAUCCCUUUGUGUAAAUAAGUGUGAGGACUGAGGAAGACUGAAUUGGCUGAAUCAGUUUCUCUUUUUAUUUGAAUGUAUAGUCAUUACAACAGUCUUGUAUACUGCAACAACAACACUGGCUGCUGCAGUGAAGUAUUUUCUAGCUUCUGUACAAUUGUUCUGUACAAUUUGUACCGAAUAAGGCACAUGCUUAAAUUUGUACAAAAACAGUUUGCGGUCAUUGAUUGCUAUUUUUUCCAUCAUGACUCACAAGCUAUUAUUAAACACAUGGCUCAGGAUGUUUAUAGGACACGAGAUAUUGGCUACACACACCUUCACAAUUUACACACGCUGCACAAAAUGUUUGAAGGUAAUCCUAGUAGACUGAUUUGACGUAGAGAAAAUGUGUGAAGUGAAUUUAAUAGAAUGUGCAAGACUUUUAUUCAAAGCACACUUUGAUUUCUCUCUGCUAGUAUGUUAUUGCAUGAGUAUUAUUUUAGUUUGUUUAUCACAGUGACACUCUAGUCAUACUCCAUGAAAGCACAAUACCAGAAAGAAGCAGCAUACUUUAAUAUAGCUAUAAUAUAAUAUACCUUAAUAUAUUAGUUUAUCUAUGUACAGUACUUUGGUGAGCUUCGUUGUUUUAAAUUGUGCUAUAUAAGUACAUUGACAUUGACAGUAUAGCUAUAAAUUAAGUUAGAGGCUUUCUGGAUUUGCAGAAAUGUGGGUCCUGUUUGCUGGAUUUGAUCUAAUCAUGAGUGAAUUAGUUUAAUUAAUUCUACAAGAAUUGGUUUUUCUGAACGUUGUACAGUUUCAAACUUGUUACGCUGUUUUGUUGUACAAUGGAUACAAGAUGAACAGCAACCCACGACCCAAGGUGCUAAUGCUUCUGUUUAAUGAAGCAUCAAGGCAUUGCUGCAAGAAAUUAAAUAUCAUUGGAAGUCACGUUUAGCUCAAAUCACUCCUGGUCAAUACAUAACUUUUUUCGUACCAUCCAUUUUCUUUUUUUCCUCCUGUAUCAAUUAAAUCCAUCUGUUUGUCUCUGUAAAGGUGUAAUCUGUCUGUUUAUGCACAAUAUGUUGUAUUGUAUUGUAUAUCGUGUAUGUACUAAUCGCACUUAAUCAUCACAAUCACAAUAUACACUCACUUUAAUAGGAACACCUGUACACCUGCUCAUUCAUGUAGCAGCAGUGCAAUGCAUAAAAUGAUACAGAUACAAGUCAAGAGCUUCAGUUAAUGUUUACAUCAAACAUUAGAAUGGGGAAAGAAAUCUGAUCUCAUGACUUUGACCUGAUGUGAUCUGCUGCUCUUGUAACUAAUCUGCCUUAAAGUUCAACAUGUUGUGUGUACUGAGAUGCUUUUCUGCUCACCAUAGUUGUAAAGUGUGGUUAUUGGAGUUAUUGUAACCUUCCUGUCAGCUUGAAACAGUCUUGCCAUUCUACUCUGAAGUCUCUCAUCAACAAGGUGUUUCCACCCACAGAAUUGCCACUCAGAUAUGUGUGUGUGUUUUUUUGUUUGUUUUUUUUUCCCGCAAAUGUGAUGUAUAAAAACUGGUGUGCGUGAAAAUCCCAGGAGAUCAGCAGUUUCUGAAAUACCAGCAACCAUGCCACCAAAGUCACUGAGCUCACAUUCUAUGUUUGAUGUGAACAUUAGCAGAAGCUCUCGACCUGUAUGUGCAUGACUUUAUGCAUUACGCUGCUGUCACACGCUUGGCUAAUUUGGAUAAUUGCAUGAAGGUGCAUGUAUACAUAUGUUCCUAAUAAACUGAUUGGUGAGUGUAUCUCCUGAUAUUGUGCUGCCACAAAAUGAAACACGAAGAAUGUAGUUAAAAUGCACAAAUAUUAUUCUUUUUCCCCAUAUUUCUGUGUGCGCACUGUAUUGCUGUGUUCAUAAUGAAAGAAAUUGGCAUGAUGUAUAAAAUGCUUUGUGGUCUAUAUUAAUGUCAUGUUAUUUGCAGUGAAAGAUCAGCUAUGCUUGUGCAAUAUCUUAAGCUGCUGAAUGUAUCACCCCUCCGUAGCACUUUUUAUGAUUCUUACUCCCACUCUCUUGUUUUAGUUUCUUUGUGAGAUCAUUUUUACUUUUGUUCCAAUUUAUAGUGUCUUUUACUAAUAACAUUAUUCAUUUAAUAAAACAGGAAAUGGACAGA